GCAAUGUUUAUCAUUGUCGCAUGGAGGCGCAGUUAUAAAAGAGAUGAUGACUGUUAGCCGACAGCAGUCCAUUGAGAUGGCUUGCGGGAUCAAGAUCGCCACCGCUUUGGUGGUAUAUGUGGCGAUUGCAAAUGCAGGGCCAAGUCCAUUUCUACGUGACAGAGGCCUAGUUUACCGCUAUUAUGGAGAUGUGAAGGCGGGACUUAUUGAGCCUGCUGCGUACGCCUCGCAAUUUGGAAUAUCUGGAUAUUUUAAUGUUGAACCAGUGGAUAAUAAUCCUGAGUAUCCAAAUUCAUUUGUUGCUGCUUUGAAAAAUGUUAAGACAGGACUGCACAAUGGUCUCGCGGAACAUUAUCAACAGACCAAAGCGUUCGGAGCACUCCCGGAAUCGGCGAAAAUACUGGAGGAUCCGUUCCUCAUCGUUUAUGAUGACAAUGGACAGUUGGCAGGUGUUAAAAUAUCAACAGAGGAACCCGGCUGGUCCAAGAACAUGAAACUGGCCAUGAUAUCCAUGUUCCAGCUGGACCUUCCCAGUAUGAAUUUGGAGUCUCCAAUAAAACACCAAAGUUUCAUGUCUAAAGAGAAUACAAUUCAUGGAGACUGCUGGAUCAGUUACGAUGUUCACGCAAAGGAUCCCAAUGCUGUCGAAGAGAGCAACGAGCUCGUCAUCACGAAAUUUGGAUCCCCUAGGAACUGCACCAAUUACAAUGUUUUCACUUUUAACAACGCGGAGAUUGAAUCGUGUGACCUUCCUCCAGAGAAACCUGUGAAUAUGGCUAGCAGAAAGGUCCUCCAUGCUGAGAGGAGAGGUCAAGACAUUCUUAUCAAAUCUCUCGUAGCUCACGGAGGUGUUAACUACUUUCCUUGGAAAGGAAGAUCGGAAGCUCACUAUGUCUUGAAUAACGCUUCAUUCGUCUUGUUAGAAGACACAUCAUCUGAACUUGAUGCUGCAGCCAUGGAUUUCUCUAAGCUACCUCUAAUCACAGACAUCAGUUACCAAAAGCCCCACAGUUCUUUUGCUGUCGACAGUGGAUUAGAUAUUACCCAGGGUCGUCAUGUUGUGGACCAGAAUCUCUCCUCAAAAGUGAUGGCUCUCUUGGGAGAUGCUGCUGACUACCUCGACCAGGAUCAUCUCGAGGCGAAGGAGCCUAAUUUCAACUAUGGUCAAACCAUCAAUAGAAUUAUCCGCGCGAUGAGUUUCAUGAAUUCCUCCGCCAUUCAAAUACUAUAUGAUGACAUCCAAUCGCCCCAAACUCCAAAGGAGGAAAUAAUGAAGAACAUUUUCUUGGAAGCGCUACCCUACGUUGGAACACCAGCAUCGAUUACGGUAACAAGUGCUCUCAUCUCAUCCGGAUCUAUUGACAACUUCGCCGCAAUAAAAAUGCUUGCAAAUUUUCCCCUGAGCGUGAGAAAUCCAACGGAGGAGUCCCUCACCCUAAUUCUCCCCUUGUUGAACGUCACUCCUUACAACGUCAAAAGCGCCGCAAUUCCGAACGUGGGAAGUCUUAUCUUCAGAACUUUCAAGAAUACCCCAGAGCCAAAAAAAAAUGCUGCUCUGAAUAGUUAUAUUGACCUCUUGUACAAUUUAAUAAUUAAUGAGGAAUACGACAAGAAAGUUGCGGGUCUCGCGGCCCUCAGGAACAUCCAAGUGGGCAGAGUAUUCGAUAUUCUAGCUUCGCUUAUCCGAGAAGAAGUGGAGAUCAGCAAUCUCGACUAUGAAGACUUGAAGACAAACAUACGUUUACACGCAAUCUGGGCUGUAGAAAAAUCCAUUCCCAGUUAUCAGGCCGCACAUGAUCUCCUCUGGCCCAUUAUGGCGAACAGUAAUCUUCCGCUGAAGCUCAGAAUUGCUGCUUACGAUAUCCUUAUUCGCCAAGUGCCAACCAUGACAAAUAUCUUACACAUCUACUGGUUCAUGGUCUACGAAAAGAACGAGCAUCUCUAUAACUACCAUUACACAACUCUCAAAGGUCUCGCCAAUUCCGUGAACCCUUGUGACAUGCAUCUGAAGGAGCUUGCAACAAAGAUCAUGCGUUUCACGAAAAUUCACACACCAGUGUCCUACAAAUUAUCAUCAUCCAACAUGGUCAAUGCUAUUGACGAGAUCUAUGGACACGGGGAUCAAUUUUCAGUGUCUUACACUUUGGAUGAGAAGAGCGGACUUCCCGAAGUCCUCAGUCUCGAGUCUUCAGUUAUGGAGGGACGUAGACGAGUCAGUCUUUGGAAGGUACAACUCAUCGUGGCGAAAGACACACUAUCCCUAUCGCUGCUAUUUCCCUUCGCAGAGUACAAACCAUCUUAUUUCAUCAGCAACGAGGACGUUAGACGAAUUCUUCAAGAAGGUAGCAGAAAUAAUUAUUUUAGAAAGCUCAGCGUUGACGUAGUUGUCUCUUACAAAGGUCGAGUUGUCUUCGGUAAUUCUUACAAAGGGAACAGGAUGACAGAGAUCAUCUCCGAUCUAGAGCCAGUUAUAACAUUUGAAGGUGCAACUUUAAAAGUUCGCCAGCAGUUAAUUUCCUACGAUAAUAUGUAUGAGCAGCACGUGAUAAGUGAAAUGGGUCUUCCUAUUCUGAUGGAAAACAAAAUUCCGUCUGUGAGUUCAGUCAUUGGAAGUGUUGAAAAGGAUAUGCUCAGUCCAAUAAGAUUCACAAAAGACAUUGACUACAAAGUGUGGAGACAUGGACACUAUUCCAUGUCUAUUUACAAUCCAUUGCUCGAUGUUUGGCACUCGAUCAGAAAGACCACUGCUACAGACUUCCAGAUGUCCUUUCAAUCCACAAGUGGGUUCAAUAUUGAAACUCAAACUUGGGAAAGUUCUAUUCCUAUCCUACCCAUGACCAAACAUUCUAGACAAGGAAUGGUUACACACGCCAAAGACUCUACGACAGUCAGUGAAGAUGAUGGGGGUGCCCUGAAAGAGUCCUGCCCAAGCUGCGAGCAUCACGAAACCGUCACCAAGGGUAUCGCCGCCAAAAGGAAUCAUGAAGUUGUUCAGGAUAUCAAGGACAUAGGCCUUCGGUUCUCAAAUUCAAUCUUUGACUGUGAAACUGGGUUGACCCCAAUUUCCAUUGACAAGGACUUCUUCAGAUCAUUGUAUCAAGAGCGUAAGAACGCUUUAGAUAAUGAUGCCAUCGCCGAAUUGCUGGCAUUGAGCCAGACAGUAAGAAAUUUGAUUAAUUCCCCGAGAAUGGGGAGCUGUGGUGUGAUGUACAAAAUGGAACCCAGCACCAAGUAUCCCACAUCAUCCGUGAAAAUAUCAAUCAAGAUGAACGCAGAGACUAGGGAUGAGGAUAAAGGCAUCCUGCAUAUUCUCAGUGGCUCAAAGCUGAGCAUCAGAGCAAACGUCAAAGCUUUCAGUGCAAUCACCAGCGAAAUUACUCGUGACUGGCACAUGAAUAUGGACUUCAAUAUGAAUCGUGAACACGGGUUCAGUACAAUGAGCCUCCAGCUCAGCAGAUUCACCCCUGGGGAGAAGAAUCUUCUGAUUUGCAUUGAUACGCAAAAAUCCUAUCCUAGUAUUCCAAGUAAUCCACUCAAGGUGGGAGUCACCAAGGAGGUGACUCAUGGCAAACUCGUGUUCUCAAUGGCAGAGACAGACAGUAUAGAAUGCCCACGUGAUCAAAUUCUGAUCACAAUCAAUACGAAGGGUGAAUUGUCUGAGGAACAGAAGAAGAAGUUCAUCCAGGAAAGCAUCAGUGGGGACUGCAAGGCUGACAUGGAGAGCCCACUGUAUACCAAUUCGCAACACCUAAUCCCAACUACGACAAACUGUCUCGAACAUGCCAUAAGGUUCACUACACUCAGGAAGUACACCAUCAACGUAACCUACUCCGACGUUCCUCAAUGGAUCUCCUCAUCCCUGCACGCUUGCGAAGACGAAAUCAAAGCGCUGUUCUACCCGCAUAUGGUAUAUACAUCUGAACACACUAACGAGGGUGCAAUGAAGAUCAUCGUCAAGUUCCCGAUGACGUUGGACAAUCUGAAUAUCUCAGUGGCGACACCCGAUCAAGGAUGGGAUGUUAUUGGGGCUGAUGUGUCCGAGACAAGUUGGCUUGGAAUUGAACGGAAUCCACCACGACUGGAAGGUUUUGGGCCAAAUCCUGAUAAGCAUGUCUGGAUGAGUCCCUUAGACAACACUCGAUUCCCUCUCAAGUUCCUCCGGAAGUAUAAGGACAAUGCCAUCAAGCUAUGUUCUCUACAUCCGAAAAGUGUUCUCACAACGGAUGGAAGCACUAUUCCUUAUGAGGUGCCCGAGGAGUGGACCUUGGUCACCGGUGAUAGCAUUAAACAGGGUUUUGCAGUAUUUGUCAAAAAUGUGAAUAAUGUAAUGGGAGUGAAAUUCUUCUUGGGUGAUGAUGUCGUUGAAUUCUCACCGCAUAUGAAUGGCAAUUCUUUUAAAAUCAAUGGUGAUGAGUUUUCCAGCAGCAGGAUGAUCAAUGGAACAUAUGUUCCCGAGGACAAUCCCUACAUGUGGUCGUUUAAAUUAACUAACUAUGGAGAUGUUAAUACUAUUGAAAUGAAAUUCACUCCUAUCGUAGUGUUUUACUCGGUGAAUAGUGUCGCACUUUUGAUUGAUCAAGAAUUACAGGGGAGUAUUAUGGGUCUGUGCGGAUGUAUGGAUGGUACGCAUAAGACUACACUUUCAAAGGUCUAUCGUCUUCCUUAGGUUUAGAUGAUUAUUUGUUGCUUGUGCGGUAGGUACCUGGAUAUUGUGUAAUAUUAUUUUCAAAUAUAUAUACUGACAAUUAAAUAAAUGGCACUAUUUUUCUUGAA